GUCCCUCAAAAAAAUAAUGCUAAAUUUUGCUUAGGAUUUGAAUCCAUUUUGUCAAUGUGAAAAGGAAAGAAAAUCAAAGUUCAAAGUAAUAAAUUAUUGUCUGAAAAAAGCUACAAACCGUAUCAUGGGAUUUCAAGGCAUGGAUUGGUACAUAGAUUAUUCAUCCGUGUCACUUCCCAAUAGAAAAAUUACAGCAUAUAUAAGUAACCAUACAAGUAUACGCUCUAUUGUAGUAUAUAUAGAGAAGUUGUGAGCAUAGCUUUCUUCAUCACUUCAUAGUAAGCACUAUAGAAAAAACGACAUUAAUUCAUCUAUGGCUACCCUUAUUGCUCCCAGCAACCACUCUCCCCAAGAAGAUGCUGAGGCUCUCAGAAAGGCUUUUGAAGGAUGGGGGACUGAUGAGAAAACUGUCAUAGUAAUAUUGGGUCAUAGAACUGUUUAUCAGAGGCAGCAAAUCAGAAGAGUCUAUGAGGAAAUUUUCCAGGAGGAUCUUGUGAAACGCCUAGAGUCUGAGAUCAAAGGAGACUUUGAGAAAGCCGUGUACCGAUGGCUACUAGAACCUGCAGAUCGUGAUGCUGUUUUGGCCAAUGUUGCCAUCAAGAAUGGCAAAAACUACAAUGUCAUUGUGGAAAUCGCCACUAUCCUCUCCCCGGAAGAGCUUUUGGCCGUGAGACGUGCUUAUCUCAACCGCUACAAGCACUCCUUGGAAGAAGAUGUUGCAGCUCAUACCUCUGGCCAUCUACGCCAGCUUUUAGUGGGGUUGGUGACCUCAUAUAGGUAUGUUGGUGAUGAGAUCAAUCCAAAAUUGGCACAAACUGAGGCUGAAAUUCUUCAUGAUGCUGUGAAAGAGAAGAAGGGUAGCUAUGAAGAGACCAUUAGGGUCUUGACCACAAGGAGCAAGACCCAACUUGUUGCAACUUUCAACCGCUACAGAGAGAUCCAUGGCACUUCCAUCUCUAAGAAACUGGUGGAUGAAGGAUCUGAUGAGUUUCAAAGGGCAUUGUACACUGCCAUUCGUGGCAUCAAUGAUCCUAUUAAGUACUAUGAAAAGGUGGUGCGGAAUGCAAUCAAAAAGGUUGGAACUGAUGAGGAUGCACUCACCCGUGUGGUCGUAAGCCGCGCUGAGAAGGACUUGAAGAUAAUCUCAGAGGUUUACUACAAGAGAAACAGUGUUCUUCUUGAGCAUGCUAUUGCCAAGGAAACCUCAGGGGACUACAAGAAGUUCCUUCUCACACUGUUGGGAAAAGAAGACUAAAAACUUUUCUUCGAGGGCAUUUGUGAUUAUGAGUUUAGGACACUAAGCUAUACUUGUGUGUGAUGGCUUCAUGUGUGUUGGUUUUCCUUGAGUCUGUUUUCAGUUUUCCUUGAUCAUGAGAACUUGGAGUUUUAUCUUAUAGAGUAUUAAUAUGAUAGCUGCUUUUUGGCUUUUAAAAUGAACAGGCUCAAAAUAAAUGAUAUCUCAGUGCCCAUUUUAUUUUAAAAAAUUGAUUUGAGUUAAA